AAAUUAAUAAAGGCAGACAACUCUUCAUUAUUUUUUAAACGUUCCCUAUGUUUCAUGAUUUGUCCAAUAUAUUCGUAAAAAUAUCAAUCUUUCAACUUUACAUAUAUCUUUUUACAAAACAAUAGUAUGGAUUAACUAACCUUAGUGUAAUACAAAGCAAAAUCGUGUUAAAUAACAAAAAUAUUAUAUUUGGGAGUGGAAAAACACCUACCCAAACGCUAUCCAAUUAAAUCGGCAGGUUUUUAAUUACAAAAACAAAAUGUCGUCAGUUAAAGUUGCGGUGCGAGUGAGGCCCUUCAAUUCUAGAGAAUAUUCUUACGAUUGCAAGAGCAUUAUAGAGAUGACGGACAAAACUACAAUUAUCACAAACCCUAAAAUAUCCCCCAACAGUAAAGAGGCCAUCAAAAGUUUCAACUUUGACUACUCGUAUUAUUCGCAUGACUCGGAGAAUCCAAGCUUUGCUACGCAAGAUAUGGUUUAUAAGGACAUAGGUGAAGAAAUGCUCAAUCAUGCAUUCGAAGGUUAUAACGUGUGCAUAUUCGCUUAUGGCCAGACAGGAGCCGGCAAAUCUUACACUAUGAUGGGCAAGCAAGAAUCAGGCGAGAAGGGAAUUAUACCACAUAUGUGUGAAGACCUGUUUUUGAGAGUGGGUAACGAUAUUUGCCGUGCUGGGGUCAGUUCGGAUCCCCAUACUUCUUUGGAUAACCCUGACCUUGAAAAUUUCGAAUCGCUAUCGGAAAUGAGAGAUGUCGCAUUUAUUUCCGAUGAUGCCAUUACAGAUUUUCCAGUUAGAUAUUCAGUCGAAGUGAGUUAUAUGGAAAUUUAUUGUGAAAGAGCGAGAGAUUUAUUGAAUCCUAAAAAUGGAAAUUUGAGGGUAAGAGAACAUCCAAUUUUAGGACCAUAUGUUGAAGAUUUAUCCAAACUCAUAGUGACUUCUUAUCAAGAUAUAAUGGAUUUGAUGGAUGAAGGCAAUAAAGCUAGAACUGUGGCAGCCACGAAUAUGAACGAAACGAGUUCUAGGUCGCAUGCAGUGUUCACCAUCAUUUUCACGCAAAGGAAGUUUGACCAAAUGACUAAACUUUUUGCUGAAAAAGUAAGCAAAAUAAGCUUAGUGGAUUUGGCUGGGAGUGAAAGAGCAGAUUCCACUGGGGCAAAAGGAACUCGUUUAAAGGAAGGAGCUAAUAUUAACAAGUCACUCACAACGCUGGGCAAAGUUAUUUCAGCCCUGGCUGAAAUUUCCACAAAUCCGAAAAAGAGGAAAAGAGCCGAUUUCAUUCCUUACAGGGACUCAGUUCUGACUUGGCUUUUGAGAGAAAAUUUGGGGGGAAAUUCGAAGACCGCCAUGAUAGCGGCUAUAAGCCCAGCCGACAUUAAUUUCGAAGAAACGCUUAGUACUUUGAGGUAUGCGGACAGGGCUAAACAGAUCAUGUGCAAGGCCAUUGUCAAUGAAGAUCCAAAUGCUAAACUAAUUAGGGAACUGAAGGAGGAAGUUCAAAGGUUGAAGGAAUUACUGAAAUCGGAAGGAAUCGAUAUAGAUACGAAUAAUAACAUCAUUUUAAAAAACAAUGAAAGUUUUGAAACUUUCAAUAAUACGAAUGAUCCAGAAAAUAGCCAAUUCAAAGAUAUGAACAUGAGCCGAAGAAACAGUUGCGUGUCUGUUAAAGGGGAAUACGCGGUGGAAAGAAUCAAAAUAUCCGAAAAAUUAAUCGCCGAACUCAACGAAAGCUGGGAAGUAAAAUUACGCAGGACUGAAGCUAUUAGAAUUGAACGUGAGGGCGUUUUGGCCGAAAUGGGAAUAGCUGUUAUCGAAUCCUCGGGUAACACUGUGGGUAUUUACUCUCCCAAAAGGACACCACAUUUGGUCAACUUAAAUGAAGACCCCAUGAUGUCCGAAUGUCUUAUUUAUUACUUGAAAGAUGGGUUAACAAGAUGUGGGACACCCGAUACCGAUCCGGCUAACGAUAUGCAAUUGAGUGGGAGGUAUAUCAAAUCUAGGCAUUGCGAUUUUCAGAAUUCUAACGAUAUUAUUAGCUUGAUUCCCUACCCAGGAGCUAGAUGCUACGUGAACGGGAAAUUAAUAUCAAAUACAAUCAUUCUAAACACCGGAUCUAGGGUCAUAUUAGGCAAAUAUCACGUUUUCAGAUUCAACCAUCCUGGACAGCCUAGAGAACCUAGGCACGAAUCUUGUACCGAGGAUGAAAAUGAAGAAAUUAAGGAUGACGUUUUGAUAAAUGCCGCCGAUUCAAAGCCUAAAGACUGGUCUUUCGCUCAAUCUGAGUUGCUGGAAAAGCAGGGAAUCGAUUUAAGGAAGGAGAUGGAGAAGAGGGUUCUUGAAAUAGAAGAGCAAUACAAAAAGCAAAAGGAAAAAAUUGACAAAGAAUUCGAGUUGGAGAGAAAGAAUUAUGAAUCCAGAAUAUUGGAUUUGCAAAAACAGGUAGAGACCCAUUCUAUGGCCUCUAGCAUGAUGACUGAAGAUUUUAACUUUAUGCCCAAUUCUAAUAGCAAUUUUAUGUCUUCAAGCCUUUACAGCUCUAACAAUCCUUUUUUGUCGAGUUUCGGUAAUGCUAAUUGCCACAAUAAUAAUGAUAAUCAAAUGGCUCUCAUGCGUCAAAAGUUAUUAGAAUGUGAUGAUAAUAAAAUGAGCGACGAAGAUUUGAUCUUAGCACGAAGAGUAGCGAACAAAUGGAAGGGUCAUCAGUUUACUUCUUUAAGGGAUGAUCUAUGGGGAAAUGCUAUAUACCUGAAGGAAGCCAACGCCAUAAGCGUUGAACUCAAGAAAAAAGUUCAAUUUCAAUUCGUUUUAUUGACCGACACCCCUUAUUCGCCGCUUGCUAAGGAACUUAGACCGAAAUAUCCUAAUGACAAUAAUGGCAUUUGCGUUAAACAAAAUUUUACUGUUGUGGCAGUUGAAGUUAAGGAUUUCAAAAAUGGUGCUAACCAUUACUGGUCAUUGGAUAAAUUGAAACAAAGGUUAGAACUAAUGCGAGAAAUAUAUAGAGACAGUUGCGACAGUCACAUCAUCACAGAAGAUGGUUCAUCUUCAAAAAGCUCUUCACCCGAAAUUCUAACCAAUUUUGAAACUAAGAUGAAUGUUGGAGACCCCUUUUACGAUAGAUUUUCUUGGUUUCGAUUGAUAGGAAGGUGUUUUGUAUACUUGUCCAAUCUUUCUAUCGGAUCUAAGCAGGUGAACAAGGCGGCCAUUGUGGAUGAAAAGGGUGAUAUCAAAGGUUACCUCCAUGUGGAUAUCAGCCCGGCUUUAAACGAUGAAAAGAUAUCAGCACAGCAUAACGGUAUAAAACAAUCGGCACGCGUUUCAUUUAAUGAUUGUCCGCCACUCAAUUCAAAUGAACUCACCAAAGAUUGCAAACAACAUAUUUGUUCCGAAUACUUGCCUUCGAACUACUUGGCUAGCCUCAAGAUUGACCAGAAUUGUUCUAAUCAAAAAGGUAGCAACAAUCCAAUAACAAUGCGUCGUGCUUUUAACGAUUCGGCAUGCUGCAAUCAUUCAAGCGCUUGUCGUAACUGUCAAUCAUCGUCGCAUCCUAUCGCAACGCAUUCUUAUUGCACCUGUCAUUUCGGAGGAACGGAUUUGCGUCAUUUAGACAUGGAUGAUAAAGAUUUCGAACGAGCCGAGGAUAUAAGCGAGAGAGUUGUGGAAGGGCGAUGCGAGACGCGUGUGGCAUAUCCCGGCAUCGAGGAUGUCAAUCAUUUCUCGGACAAAAGAUUGGAGGAAAUAGAUUCCAAUGAAAGGAUGAAUCAAAAUUAUCUAAACGGGAGGGAAUAUUCUGACAAUGAAGAUGACGACAUGUCGAUCAAGUCAUACGCCCCUUCUAUUUAUUCAUCCCAUUCUUCUUGCAAUUUAAUCAUUGAAAAAAGAUUCAAAAAUGAGGUUGAAAGAGAUGGCAUGGAAACGGUUGGUGUUUCUUCCAAUUCUUCCGAUUCCGAUUUCGGCUCUGAGAACGAAAAUAAUUACAACAAACAUUCGAAAGAAUUUGAUCAGAAAGAUUCCGAAAACUUUGUUAAUUCGGAAAAUAUUCGCACUAGCAAAAACUUUGGCCGGCCAUGUUGCAAAUCUAAUCGAGGAUUUUGUAAUAAUAAAAUGCUCAACAAAGCUAAAGAAAUACCCAGAGUUAAUAAAGAUUUUACUUUUCGAGUGGCACUAAUGGCUGUCGCCGAUAUAAGCAGCCACUACGCCGACAUUUUUUGCCAAUUCAACUUUUUGCAUAAACAGGAAGAGUCUUUCUCGACUGAACCCUUCAAAAACAACAACCUUCCUUUUUCAUUUCAUCGCAAAAUGCCAGAAUUUUAUCACGUGCAAUAUAUUACGGUUAAGGUAACUGAUUAUUUCAUGCAAUACAUAUCCGAAAAGCCUAUCGUGUUCGAGGUCUUCGGACAUUUGACUAAUAAAGAACAACUUUUCAAAUUUUCUUCUCCAGAUGAUAACAAUUGGCAAAAACAAUUGAUUCCUCGCAGAUUUUUGCCUUACAACUAUCUUCCCAUAUCGAGACCGGUGCCAUCGCCUAAAAUACGUUGUGACGAGGCUAAAGCUCACAUUUUCAACGACAAUAUAAAUAAUAUUAGCACCGCCAAUAUGGGUUUCGAAACUGUGAUUUAUAAAUCGGAUGUUUUGUUAUGGAUCGAGAUCCUCGAGCUGGCUUCUAAUGGGGAGUAUAUACCGGCUCCAUUUCAGCCUUGCGAUACUUCAUCGCUCAACUGCUCACCGUUGACUCAGCCAAGUUAUAGAGGAAGAUUUUGUUUGCAACAAGGCAUACAGCGCAGGCUAGCCUUCACCCUUAUUCAGCAACAUUAUUCUUCGCCAUCACUCAGCGACACUCCUCAAAAAGAUUGCACUAACGCGAUUUCUGGAAAUUUGUAUAAGAAGUCAACUAAUGGAGAAAAAUUAGACGAUGAUUUCAUAAUUUUAAACGGGUUGAAUUGGGACGGGGUCAGGGAACUUGUGGUGGGAAGACUUAGAAACAGUCCUUACUAUUCUUACUCAUCUCCUGAUAACUCGCAAGCUAAUUUUGCUGGUAUCCAUCGGUCUUGUCUUAAUUGCCGGUCAGAUAAAGAGGUUAGCGAAUUUUCCACGACCACUGAAAAAUGUGUUUGCGUCGGUCAUUUUUGCGAUAUCAUCAAUCAUUCUGUUCAUUCGGAUGAUAUUCUGUCGCUUAAUGUGUUGUCCUCCAAUUACUUAUACCAUGAAGGAGACGAUAGGUCUUUCUUUUAUUUCGAGGCAGCUUGGGAUAGUUCUCUGCACAACUCUCCUUUACUUAACAGAGUGACUCCCGGAGGAGAAACAAUAUACAUGACAAUUUCAGCAUAUAUAGACAUCGAAAAUUUGGGAGAACCCGUAUGCCUUACCAAGGACAUAGCCCUGGUGAUCCAAAAAAGGGGCAGCACCCAUGGCUCCCUUAAAAGCAUGCUCUCUUCCAUCUCCACCAGCCUAUCCUCUCAUCAUAACAAUUUAUUGAACAAUAUUCCUACCAUUCAAAGCCGUUCUUCGGGGAUCAAUGUUGAGUUGAACAAUCACGUGACUCCCUGUACUCAAAUUUAUCUUCCCAAUUUAGUAGGAGGCAAUAAUUGCUCUUCGCUUAAUAGGUUGGCAUGCGUGUACGAACUCAAGAUGAUCCGUAAUAGGGACGGCGCUCAAAGCCCAGGAGGGCAAAGAAGGAGGAGAAGAGUAUUAGAUACAUCUUCAACAUAUGUGCGAGGGGAGGAAAAUUUAGAAGGCUGGAGACCUCGAAGUGAUUCCUUAAUCUUUCAACACCAAUGGGAAUUAGAGAAAUUGGCCAGACUGGAAACAGUUGAAAAGACUCGACAUAAAUUAAUUGUAUCUAAAACCGAGAACAAUACUAAUAGUCCUGUGGCCCAAGAGGAAAAAGACCAAAUUAAUGUUAUAACAAAGGACUCAGAGAAUAUUAAUAGGAAAAUUGAAAAAUGUGAAUGUUCCUUUACUGACAAGCCGAAAAAUAAUUGUAUCGAAUUGCCGAAUUUUGAAAGUACCAUAGAUAGAACCAAAUACUUCUUAGAAUUAUGGAUGAAACCUGCCCUUCCUGUUAACAAGGAGACGCCCUUACAUAUUAUUCGAGCUAAGAAAACAUACGAUGGAGCUCUCAUCAUAGGUAAUAAAGAGGAUAAUGAUGUGGUUGAAGUUGCGGCUGACUAUAUUGAGGUCAAAGGUGAUGAGACAGAUAUUUGUUUAUCCAUGGAUUAUGGUCGAGAGAACGAAAAAAUAACGAAGAAUUUAUCCUCUUUCUACUCACCGACAACGUCAAUCAACUCUUCAGUCAUGACUUCUGACUCUGACUACGCGACACUUAGCCAUGAUAGCAAUUUUUAUUACAAUACACAUAAUACUAACACCAAUAUUUCUAAUCAUAACCAAAAUUUAGUUUUAAAUAAAACUAAUGAUUGCCUUCUGGGCGAUGAACAAAAAAUAUCUAGUCUUAACCAACCGAAUUUAAGCAAACAUUCGCUCUCGCCUUUAACCAUUAACAGCUUGGCUAAAAUGAACGAAAAUAAAACGCAAAAUAAUGAAAAUAAUUGCAAAUAUUUGGCUUUCGAUACUUGCUCACCAGUCUUGGAGGAGAUAAGACUGAGCCCUAUAGUCAGCAAAAAGGGUUAUCUCCGAUUCUACGAUCAAAGAAGCAAUACUUGGAUCCGUAAAUGGAUGGUUAUAAGGAGACCCUAUGCCUUUAUCUACAAUAACGAAAAGGACACGGUAGAAAAGUGCAUUAUUAAUCUAUCUUGCUCUCAUGUUCAAUAUAACGAGGAAUCCGAUGUUAUGGUACAUGGAAACAAGUUCAAUUUAGUCAAACUACCCAACUCCAUAGCAUUAUGUACGAAAUAUUGCGGUUUUUUAAUCCAACCCAUCACGGAGAAGGAUAUUUUCGAUUGGCUCUACGCAAUCAAUCCACUUCUGGCUGGAUCUAUAAGAUCACAAUUAGCCAGAAGUAUGUCUUAACUGCUUAAAUAUUAGUCUAUUCACGAUUCAAUUUAGCCUUGAUAAAUUCUACAUCUAGAAGCACUUAUUUUCAGAUACUUUUUUAAAAUAGUUUAAUACUAAGUCAAUUUAUUCUGAAAUAUAUUAUAUUUAUAGAAUAGUCGAUUUUUAUUUUUCCAAAUAUAAACGCUUUAUUUUUUUGCUUUUGUAAACUAUCAUUUUAUUUUUUUAAAAAAAUAUAUUAUUUUCUAUCAGUAGAAUUAAAUUGUAUUACAU